AUGGUUUCUUCAAUUGAUUUACAAGCUUUAAAAGUAUUUCUUAAUGGUCCAAUCACUCAUGAUAUGAUCCAUAAGAUUGUUGUUGCUACUUUACAAGUUAUCCCUUGUGAAGACACCAAAAGUAAAACUUAUACUUCAUCUAAUAAUACUAUUAAACAAUUACCUUCAUUAAUGACAUUUUUAACUAAAUUAGUGAAAUAUACUAAUGUUUAUACUGGUACAUUAAUGGCAACAUUAAUUUAUUUACAAAAAUUGAAAUCAAGAUUACCUAAAAAUGCUCAUGGAUUACCUUGUACUAGACAUAGAAUUUUAUUGAGUUGUUUAAUUUUAUCAUCUAAAUUUCAUAAUGAUUCAUCACCCAAAAAUAAACAUUGGGCUAAAUAUACCGAUGGAUUAUUUAAUGUCAAAGAUAUUAAUUUAAUGGAAAGACAAUUGAUUUUCUUGUUGAAUUGGGAUUUAAAAGUUACUAAUGAAGAAAUGUGUCAAUCUUUACAAAGCUUUUUGGAACCAAUCAAAACUGAUAUUAUUAAACAAGAAAAAUUCCAAAAAUAUCUUCAACAAAAAAAUCAAGAAACCAAACAAAUGGCCAAUGCUGCCGUUGCUGUAUCCAUUUCUGCUACAACUACUCCUGUCACUUUAUCAAGAUCAAGUACAAGUACCAGUACAAGUUCACUUGUUUCUUCAGCAAGCAGUUGUUCUGGACGUUCUUCAAGAUCUUCAUCAAUUUCCCCAGAUCAUUUAUCACCAAUGCAUUAUAGCAAUACUAACAAUAAUCAUUAUCGUCAAGAUUCAUCAAGUUCUAUUUCUUCUAUUGGUUCAAAUAAUUCUCCAAGUAGUGUUUAUUCAAUAAGUCCAAAACAUAAUCAUAAAUCUAUUAUUGCCAACAAUAAUAGCCACAACAACAACAAUGGUGGUGGUGGUGGUGGUAGUGGUGUUUGUCAAAUCAUUGAUCCAAUAAUUGAAUUGACGGCACAAAAAGAAGAAUUAGAAUUGAAAAAUUUCUUAUCAAGAAAAUUUGGUACCACCACCACCACCACAACAACAACCACUAGUACUGGUAAUAACAAUUAUGGAUAUGGUUAUCAUGCAGCUUAUGGUUAUAAUGUUGCCAAUAACUUUUAA